AUGGCCACCUCGUUGACCCCCAGGAACCCCCAGAUCUUUCUCCUCCAGAAGGUCUUUGUGAACCUCAACUCAUCUUCUCUCCUUCAGGGGGAACAAAUCCUGGAGGAGCUUCUCCAACUCCCCCGGCGCGGUGUCACCCUCCGCGUCGCCGUCAGCCGCCCCUCGGCCAAGUCGCCCCUCAACGACCUCCUGGCGCUGGAGGAGAGCGGGGCGUCGGUGCGCACCGUGGACCUGCCGCAACUCACCGGCGGGGUGCUCCACACCAAGCUCUGGUUGGUGGACGGCGUCCACCUCUACGUUGGGAGCGCCAACAUGGACUGGAGAUCUUUGACCCAGGUGAGGAACGAG